AUGAAAGGUCAGCUGAAACCUAGCAGCCCAACACAAUAUCAUCGCCUUCAGGCAUCAUUGUGGGUUGAUAUUGUGAAAAUGUUUGAGAUGUGCGCUAACUACGAUGCGUUCUUACGUCCGAGCGCCCAAGAAGUUCUUUGGCAGCUAAAGGCCAAUACUGCCAAGGAAAAUCCUGGCAAAUAUACAUCUCAUAAAGUCAGCCAAUCCAUACCUAUCGAAGAAGCCAAUAAGCGAUUAGCAGAAGCAAUUGAGCGGUCUAAGUCCACUGCUGUUACUGAUUUAGCAGGUAUUGCGCCAGCUAACGAUGGUACGGAUUCCUGUACUUUUCUUUGCCUGGUAGCGGCACAGAAAAUCGUAAAUGCUACGCAAGAAGAAGAGAUGAAUGACAACUGGUACCUGGAAUAUUUCAGGAAAUAA